GGGCGGGGCCUGGGCGCGGGGCGGGCGGCGUCGGCGAGGAGCCGGAGGAGAAAGAACAUGGCGGGCGCAGCGGGGCCCGGGACCGGCCCGGGGGCAGCGGGAGGAGAUGGAGACGAUUCGCUGUACCCGAUUGCGGUUUUAAUUGACGAGCUCCGCAACGAGGACGUGCAGCUCCGUCUCAACAGUAUUAAGAAGUUAUCAACAAUUGCUCUAGCACUUGGAGUAGAAAGGACGCGAACGGAACUGCUGCCAUUCCUUACAGAUACAAUUUAUGAUGAGGAUGAGGUACUGUUAGCUCUUGCUGAGCAACUGGGAAAUUUCACUGGCCUGGUGGGAGGUCCUGACUUUGCCCACUGUUUGCUGCCUCCUUUGGAAAGUCUGGCGACUGUGGAAGAGACUGUGGUUCGAGACAAGGCUGUGGAGUCCCUGAGGCAGAUCUCCCAGGAGCAUACUUCUGUUGCUCUGGAAGCUCAUUUUGUACCUCUGGUGAAGCGCUUGGCGAGCGGGGACUGGUUCACCUCUCGCACAUCUGCGUGUGGUUUGUUCAGCGUUUGCUAUCCCAGGGCUUCCAGUGCUGUCAAAGCAGAAAUUAGACAGCACUUCCGUUCCUUGUGCUCAGAUGAUACUCCAAUGGUACGACGUGCUGCUGCUUCCAAACUGGGCGAAUUUGCAAAAGUUUUGGAGUUAGACAGUGUGAAAAGUGAAAUUGUUCCACUGUUCACUAAUCUAGCUUCAGAUGAACAGGAUUCAGUGCGUCUCCUAGCUGUAGAAGCUUGUGUCAGCAUUGCCCAGUUACUGUCUCAGGAUGACCUCGAGGCUUUGGUGAUGCCUACACUUCGGCAAGCAGCAGAAGAUAAAUCUUGGAGGGUUCGCUACAUGGUAGCUGACAAGUUUUCAGAGCUCCAGAAAGCUGUGGGUCCUAAAAUCACCCUAAAUGACCUCAUCCCCGCCUUUCAGAACCUACUUAAAGACUGUGAAGCUGAAGUCCGAGCAGCUGCUGCCCACAAAGUAAAAGAACUUUGUGAGAACUUGCCCACUGAAGGUAGAGAGACCAUAAUUAUGAAUCAAAUUCUGCCCUUUAUAAAGGAAUUAGUAUCUGAUACAAAUCAACAUGUCAAAUCGGCUCUAGCUUCUGUAAUUAUGGGAUUGUCUACCAUUUUGGGCAAAGAGAAUACCAUUGAACAUCUUCUACCUCUUUUUUUAGCUCAGUUAAAGGAUGAGUGUCCAGAAGUUCGUUUGAAUAUCAUCUCUAACUUGGACUGUGUAAAUGAAGUGAUUGGGAUCCGUCAGCUCUCUCAGUCUCUCCUUCCUGCCAUCGUGGAGCUGGCGGAAGAUGCCAAGUGGAGGGUCCGGCUGGCCAUCAUUGAGUAUAUGCCGCUGCUGGCGGGCCAGCUGGGUGUGGAGUUCUUUGACGAAAAGCUGAAUUCUUUAUGUAUGGCCUGGCUUGUGGACCAUGUAUAUGCCAUCCGCGAAGCUGCCACCAACAACCUCAUGAAGCUUGUUCAGAAAUUUGGUACAGAGUGGGCCCAGAAUACCAUCGUUCCCAAAGUGCUAGUAAUGGCAAAUGAUCCUAAUUACUUGCACAGGAUGACCACUUUAUUCUGCAUUAAUGCACUGUCUGAAGCCUGCGGUCAGGAAAUCACCACUAAGCAGAUGCUGCCCAUCGUAUUGAAAAUGGCAGGAGACCAAGUAGCGAAUGUCCGUUUCAAUGUGGCCAAAUCUCUUCAGAAAAUUGGACCAAUUCUAGAUACUGAUGCUCUGCAGGAGGAAGUGAAGCCAGUGCUACAGAAGUUAGGUCAAGACGAGGACAUGGACGUCAAAUACUUCGCACAGGAAGCCAUAAGUGCGGUGGCCCAAAGGCUGACGAAGCUAGAUUUUCCUGUGAAGGACAAUGAGGAGCCCAGCGCUCCUGGGGCUGACAAGAACCACUUCCUGAGACCCAGAGGGCCUGGAGAGGACACCGGGAAGGCACACAGAGAGCGAGCGGCUCGGGUGGUUUCCGAGGAGACAGUAGAGGCAGCCCGGUUCAGGGGUACAGACGCGGCCAAGGUAAGCUCCCCGCGCGGGGAGACCACCCCUGCCCCCGGGACCAGAGCGGUCAGAGUGCCCUCUGUCUCGUUGCUAGAGGAGGAAUGUGGAAAAGAGGCCUGAGGGAUGAAUUUCCUUUAAACCAAAAGGGUGCUUAGGUUUGACUGUUGACAGCCUUCCGAAGGUCACCCAGAGCUGCCAGUUCCCUCAGGGAACCCGCAUGGGCCGCACUCCUGAGCCACUGGAGCCCCCCCCCCCCCCCCCCCCCCCCCCCCGCCCAUCCCCGGCACUUCCUAGCAGAGCAUUCCCACCCUUGCCAACUCCAAGCACUCCCCGACUCUGGUGCUAAUGACAGUGGGCGGGAGAAGGGGUGGGGGGCAGACGCCGCGCAUCGGAGGGCCUCAGGUCUUUAUUUCUGAGGAAGAGAGGGAGUCGACUUUCUCCUUCCUGGGAGCAAAGUUUGACAUGGAAGGGAAGGGUUUUGUCCCUACCAGAACUUUCCUUCAGCGCCAUGUCCUCAUCCUCCCCCCAGGGGCCCCAGAUGUGUGUCUCUGACUGGAUAGUGGAAAGGGGCGGCUGUUGAAAGCCUUCUGCCCCAGGGUCAGCGUAGCUCCCCAGGGACUUGGCAAGCGCCCGCCUGCACUUCUGUCGUGGUAACGUGCUCUACUUGCCUUACAGGGACCAGCACAUCAGUUUCAUGUAAAUACUAGAGACACACUUGCCCAACUGGAAAUUGCAGAACUAGUGCAUUUUUCCCAAAGCAGAGACUAAUACCCCUGGAUUAAAAAAAGAACAUAAAAAAUAAAGUACCACACAUAUUGCACUUUUUGCCGAAUGAAAUUUUUACCUCACGUUCAUCUCACCAAAGUCUCUUCAGAGGAGCCUGGUUUACAAGAUAAUAAAGCUAAUGAUUACUAUACAGUAGUGUACACACUGCUUACGUGAAACAAACUGGAAAGAAAGUCAUUAUUUCAAAGUAGCCUCUCGUAAAAAGAGCAGUAUACGAAGCCGCCUUACUGUUGUUUUAGUGUGGAAGCUGCUCGGAAGUGUCCAGAGGUCCCCGGUCAGGGUUAGAGCCCUGGAGGUGAUCCCACAGGGCUGGGAGCCCACGUGACCGGCCAUCACCAGUCUCCUCUCACCAGCUUGCCUUUCAGUAAAGACGGUUCGUUACGGAAUUUCCUGAUUUCUGCUUGAAAUGAGCAAAGCAAAUAGCUUACACCCCUGGGUCUGACGUGCUGCUGGUCUGUCUGGUGUCUCCCACGCUGGCCCCUGCCGGGAGCUUCCCACGGCAGCUCUAGGCCCUCUGACCGCCACCAGCCUCUCCGCAGUGCCCUGGGCUCGCCUCGCCACUUGGCCGCCGCUCCAAGGCUUAUGGCCUUUUGGAGGUGGUGGGGGGGGGUGCGGCGGGCAGGUCUCGGUGUCGGCCUGUGAGUACCAUUCCUGCCGCCCCAGGUUCAGACCAGAAGGCAUUUUAAUUUCAUAAACAUGACAGUGCUUCUGUAGUAGAUUUUGGAAAACUAUCCUUUAGUUAAAUCAAGCCCUAUUUCAUAACUGGCUUAUUUAUUUUGCGAAGACUGAAAACAGAUUAGAGAUCUUAAUGAAAGGAUGGCUUAAAUGAUGUUUAAGCAUGAGGAGGAAUAAACAAUCCACAGAAGGAACAGAAUUCUUUCCUACUGGAUCUUCGUGAGCCGUUAAAUCACAAGACGACCGCCCUCCAGGGCACCCUCUUGCUAAGGCCUGAAUGCUCCCCCAGCAGAGCACUUCUGUGGCGCGUCCUGGCACCCACCAGAGCCGGGACCAAGGACUGCUCCCCUCACCCCCGCUGGGAGCGGCUGGGCCGGGGCACCCACUACAACGAGGAAAGGCAACUUAAAGGUGUUUCUGGAUGCAGCAUGGUAGUGUCUCUCUUCUUUGUGCUUUGUGAUGCUUUGUGCUUAGCGCAUUCAUCUGCUGCUAGGACAAGCCGUUCUACAGGACAGAAACGACAGUCUUUGUCAAUAACACUGGGUUUGUAACACUGGGAUGUUGCUGUCCGAGUGACAGGUUGUUACUUCUAGGUCUAUAGUUAACUAGCUGGCGCGUUACUUACUUUUACUUACUCUGGUGAGAGAACUGUAAGAGUUAAGGUUACGUUUUCACUAGUCAUAGCACGUGUUUUGACAGCUGAUCCGCUAGAUGGUUAACACAUUUGUGGUUUUAAAUAUUGCUGUAAUACUUGAACGUUUUGUUACAAGUCAAAACUUCUAAGGAAAUUAAGAAUGCGAUUCCCACAUGGUGGAAAACAAACUCUGAAGUGACUUUGGAUUUAGCAUUGACAUAAAUGGAAAACUGUUGGUUUCUACAGAAAAGAAAGAAUUAAAGCAUGAUCUGGGGGGAAAAAAGGCACAGCACUACCACUUCACAUGGGAGAUCAAAGUUCAUGUUUCUUGUCCUUGAAAUUCCUAAGCCCUAUGAAACUGUCCAAACAUACAAAGCUCAACAAACUACUAGCAACACAGAAGGUAAAGUCAGAGUAGUUACUACAUUUUAAAAGAGACGCCAGGUCCUCUGGAGAUCAACCGUCCCAGACCAGCAGUUUACACCAAAGACUCAGCCGGAAGAGCCCGUCUUCCCUUGGCCCAGGGCCGCUGCUCCCGAGGGCUCCUUGUUGUCCGCCCCUACCUCCGCUGUGCUGGGUCUCGUGGUUCUUCAGGUGACCGCGUUGGAGCCUGAGUCCACUUUGCACCCCAGGGAACCUUCGAAAGAGGACUGUCACUGCUCCCAAGUGGAGACGACCGCCCGUCCCAGGGGUCAGUGCCAUCUGUGACUUCGGGCCCCAGAAACGAAGCUCACGUUCCACUUCUUUGCAGUGGUCUCGGGGACAUCCGGAAGCAGCGGCUUCAGACUGAGGACUCGAUGACAAAGCACAGCUUUUCCUUUACUUCCUGUGCAUCAAAGCCCAUUACAUAUUCUCGACUUGUGUAACAGAAUGUGUGUUGCUCGGCUUCAGUGAAAAAUCUGGUGUCAUGUUGUUCUGUUUUGGUUUUGCCCCUAUCUAAUGGCACAGUUUUUCCUGCUUCCACCAAGGUUUCCCUCGAUAACGAGUUGGUGGUGUUCUACAGAAAACCUAGGUCUGGAUGUCUUCUCCUAAAAGCCUCUGUCAGUGCUUCCUGUGAGAGUGGGCUCUGCCUGCUAGAAGGACACGACUUCGGCUACCGCUCUGCUCCGCACUGGCCCCAGAGGACUGUGGUGGGACAGAGCCAGGAGAAAGAGACACGUGGCCCGGCCAGGCCCUCUGAUUCCAGGUGGGCAACUUACUUUUUCUCCAUUUGUGAGAAGGCAGGAAAAUAAGCUUUAAAUUGAAAAGGCUGGAAUAAAAAUAGAAACACACAUUCUUCCUUCA